ACUUCACAAAGAAGAACGAGCCAAAUUUUCGCUUCUUUUAUUCGUCUUUUUUUGCGGGUGCGAGCAAUCGAACUACUAUUUCCUGAGUAUUAGAAGUGAAAUUAGCCACAAAAACGUACUAAUCUCGAUUACGAAUAGCGUUGAUCGCAAAGUAAUUUUAAAAUACAUUUUGGAAAUAUGUCGGAAACAACGGGAACAAUAUAUCCACCAGUUUCAUGGGCCCAACGAUUUGAUCUGCUCUAUGUAAUCAUCGACGUUGAAUGCACCAACAUUGAACAUAAAGUGACAGAGAAUAGUUUCACUUUCAAGGGUGUUAACGCCUUAGACGCCUCCAAAAAAUAUGAAGUAACGCUAAAUUUCCUACACAACGUGGAUCCGGAAAGGGUGACGAGCAAGAACAUUGGGCGUUGCUUGGAAUUCACUAUUUACAAGAAAGAAAAAGGUCCCUACUGGCCCAGCCUCACCAACGAUAAAAUCAAAUUGCACUUCUUGAAAGCGAAUUUCGCAAAGUGGAAAAAUGAGUCCGAUGAUGAGGAUGAGGGUGAACCUGAAGCCCCUUUUAAUAACUUAUUUAAUUCGUCAUGGGACAAAAAAUUCGACGACAUGGGUCUAGAAGACGAAGAUUCAGAUGAUGAUAUCCCCAGCUUAUCCAAAAAUGACGAAGAUUCUUCGGAUGAGGAAAAGGAAAAGGAGAAUGUACAAGAAGAAAAGCCAGCAGCUGCAGAUGCUGAGCAAAAAUAGUUUAAUAAUUGGUUAAACAUUUGAAAUAUGUAGUGCAGAAGUAAAUGGAACCUUAACAAGAGAAGAUCACAAAUGAUCACAAAAAGAAACUCCAAACUAUACAUUAAAAACCCCUAUUAAUAUAAAUAAAUAUUUUUUCCAGGAGAGUGGGAAAAGAAAAAUCAAACAAUAUUUGACCAACUUCAAUUAAAAAAUCAUUUCAAAUUUAGUAUGUAAAAUGAUGCUAAAUCAUAAACAAUACAAUUCCUUUUUUUCAUUUGUUUUGAGGUAAACUUUCACUAAGGUACGCGAGUAAUAACAUAAUAUAUAGAAUUUAUAAGCCAGAAGUAUGUGCACCGUACUAUUAGUCACUCGAUUUGCAUAAAACCUACAUAAGUACGGGUGCAUUCCAAAACGUCAAAAUAAAAAGCAUCAGUCUUUUAUUUCUAAACCUCUUGUAUAUUGUAUUGCCAAAUGUGCGCAGCCACGGUUAGAUGCUAGUUUUCUACUAGGUUGCACAAGUUAGACUUCUUCUAGUGCGGUUUAGAAAUAAAAGUGACUGAUGCUUGCUUUGUUUUUGACGUUUUGGAACACACCCGACACAUAUUCAAAAGAAAAACAAAGGGUGCAUUCCAAAACGUCAAAAUACAAAGCAUCAGUCUCUUUUAUUUCUAAGCUUCAGCAGAUUGUAAAGCCAAAUGCGCGCAACCACGGUUAGAUGCUAAUUUUCAAUUUGGUUGCGCAAGUUAGACUUUUUCUUCUAGUGCCGUUUAGAAAUAAAAGGGACUGAUGCUUUGUAUUUUGACGUUUUGGAAAGCACCCAAACAUAGCGUUGAUUAUGGAAAUUAGUUUUUUCCUGUAAAUAAAGGAAAUCGCAUGCGAUUCAACAACCGUUUAUCCAAUAUUUUUACAUUGAUGAGAAAUACAUAUUUUAAAUUUUAUACAUAACAACAAGUUUAGUCUGUUUGCGCAAAGCGUAGCAAAUUUGUGAGCAAACACAAUUUAAAAUGAAAUAUGGAAAUUGGCAAGAAUUUGAUAAAAAGUAUUAAUACUUACCCAAAUACAUACAAUUUGUUAUCUUUUUUUAACAAAAAGUAACGAAGUCAAAUUUAUAGCAAAAAUAAAAAAAGCUCCAAUUACUAUAAACUUUAAAAGCAUUUCAUGUUGCAAUUCAAUUCAAAUAUGUAUUUAUUUUUUAGCAACGCAUGUUUUCAUAAUUCACUUAACACAGCCAUUUUAAGAUACUCCUACUGAACUGUUUCCGUAUUGACAAAAAUGUUAAAUUGUGAAAUAUAAGCGCUUUGAAAAGAAAUAAAUAAUACGCCUAAACUUA